AAAAUGUAGAUAAAUAUCUGCUAUCCUCUAAGCACCAAAGUGUCAUGAUUUCAUAACGUUUCUCUCGGUAGAUUUUUCCUUUGACUGAAUCGUCUUAGCAAUUAAAUUUUUAAUGUCUACUAAAUGAUGCGCUGCUAUUCUUGGGAAGGGUUACUUUUUGAAAACUCGAUUAGACAUAAGUCAUCCAGGAUUUCAGGAUUUGUUGGGAAUGGAUUUGCAGAAGAUGUCUGAUACGGAUAAGGUGAUACUUUGUAAGCGUUACUUUUACAUUGGUUUUGCCUUGUUACCGCUAGUUUGGAUCGUCAAUGCUGUGUGGUUUUUCGAGUGCGCAUUCCUCGAUAAACCAUCGCCGGUGCAAAAAACGAUUAGACGUUAUGUGGUGUAUUCAAUAAUUGGUGCAUCAGUAUGGGUGUUAGCGCUUAUUGCCUGGGAAAUAUUCUUUCAGUUGGAAAGAGCCAAAGGCUUAGAAUGGACUGAUCGAUUGUCUUUCGUAUUUCCUGUUGGAUAUGUUUGA